AUGCCUUUUACGGUAGGCUUUGUCCUUGCCAUGGCAUUUGUUGUUGCUCAAGCACAACAAAUGAAUAUCAGCCGCGGAUCUUCCUUAACGCCGACUACCAACUCCUCGUGGUUGUCACGUUCUGGUGUAUACGCCUUUGGAUUUUACAAGCAAGGAAAUGGCUAUGCUGUGGGGAUAUUUCUUGCUGGAAUCCCCCAAACAACUAUAGUGUGGACUGCGAAGCGAGACGACUCUCCACUCCCCACCAAUGUUACUUUGGACUUCACAAGUGAUGGGUUUUCCUUGAAACCAACACCAGGCCAAAGUUUCGUCAUAGAGUAUACCUCUGGUUCUUCGGCUUCCAUGCUUGAUUCGGGCAAUUUUGUGAUAUACAAUGCUCGUCAAGACAUAGUAUGGCAAAGUUUUGAGCACCCGACUGACACCCUUUUGCCGGGUCAGAUCCUGUUUGCUGAGGACGAGCUGUUCUCUGCUAAAUCAGAAUCUGAUCACUCAACUGGCAUUUUCCGCCUCAAAAUGCAAGCCGAUGGAAACCUUGUCCAAUACCCUGUAAAUACUCCAGACAUAGCUCAAUAUGCCUACUAUUCAUCUGGAACGGAUGGCAGAGGAAUGAACGUGACACUUAAUUUUGGUGCUGAUGGCCAUCUCUACUUGCUAAAUGAUACCAGAUCGAAUAUCAGGAAUAUAACAAAUGGAGGUCUUCCUGCUGAUCAAGCAACAAUUUAUCUUAUGAGAAUUGAUGCAGAUGGAAUAUUUCGAUUGUAUUCACAUGAUUUGAAUCACAAAGGGAGCAGGUCAAUGGUAUGGGAAUCUUCCAACGACAAGUGUGACCCUAAAGGUGUAUGCGGAUUAAAUAGUUAUUGUGUCUUACUAGAUCUUGAAGCUGAGUGUAGAUGUCUUCCAGGAUUUGUAUCUGCCAAUCCGAGAAAUAAGACUUCAGGCUGUUCAAGGAAUUUAGUUGCAGAUGGUUGCGAACACAAAAAUGAAACUUUAACACACACCAUGGAGGAACUGGAAAGCACAUGGGAAGACAUUUCAUAUGUGGAUUUGACAUUAUCAGACAAAGAAGCUUGCAAACGAGCCUGUUUGGAGGACUGUAAUUGUGAAGCUGCGCUUUUUGAUGAUACAAGCUGCAGAAAGCAGAGGCUUCCUUUGAGAUAUGGAAGAAGACAGGUUAAUACUUCAAACAUAGCUCUCAUCAAGUUGUGCUUUGCACUUGCUGCUUUCGGAUCUAUUUUGUUUGCAAUUUCUGUAGUUCUGCUUUGCAAACAUAAUGUGUGGGCGUAUAAAAGAGUGAAUACUCCCAUUCGUGACUCUGAAUUGAAUGAGGACAUCGCUCUGCAACCAUAUACUUAUGAAGAGUUAGAGAAGAUUACCAACAAUUUUACAGAAGAGGUUGGAAGAGGUGCGUCGGGAACAGUUUAUAAAGGAGUGAUCUUGGCUAGCCAAAAGCCAGUUGCUGUCAUGCUUGAAGGAACUGUAGAAAUCCCAAUCCCUCCCAGUCCUAACUCUAUUCUCAGCACCAUCUAA